AUGCAACCGCAGAAUCCAAGUCAAACCUUGUGCAGGCGAGGCGAGCGCCGUGAAAACCUUCCAAUUGCCAAGCAACUUAACAAGUUUAUCACUCUACCGAAUCUUCUUAGUUGGAAGGUUCAUGAGUCGGAUGUGCUGGCACGCGGCCGAGUUCUCUCAUUGUUCCGCACUAAAAGAACGUGCUUGCCAGAUUAUCUUUCGAUUUUGAGACUCCGAAGCAUGACAGUUACUCGUCACGGCUUCUUGGUAGUGUAUGAGGAGCUUGAGAAAGGACUCAUCAUCGAUCUUCGCGCUGCGAACAAAGUUCUCAUAACUACUGACCGCUACAAAAGCCGAAAGAUUUCCUACAAUCGUUGUCACAUCAAAAUAAGACUCGCUCAUGGAAACGUCCAUUUGUUCGUCAAGGAUGACAUUGCAAUGUGGACGUCCGCCAUUUCACAUGCGCAAGUCAUUGGAAGUUCGAAGCCUAUUGUCAUCGGUGAUGAACGACAAAAGGCUGUCCAAACUGAUGAUGUAGUAGAAUCUUCUAAGAACGGUGUACGUGACAUUGAAAAAAUUCCUGAUCCCGAUCUUGAUCUCACAGGAGAUGAAGAUAGCCGGAAAAGCUUUGACACAGCCUUGUCGACAACAUCGCCGAACAGUGGAAUUGUAACUGUCGUUGAGAACCCAGAAAUUCAACCACUGCCUUCGAUUCGCCGUGGUCAUCAAUCAGUGACAACACUUCGCAGAAGGCUUGAGAAGAAGCUUGUCAUGCGUAGCGGUCAGGAAGAAAUCUCGAUGCCUACUAAUAGCUCGCAAAAUGAUAAGCCUCGCUAUGUGACUUCGAUCUUCAUCCACUCAAACGAAGCUAUCAUUGACUCGAAUGCCGAUGAAGAACCAACUGAGAAGAAAGAAAGAAAAGAAUGGUGGAAUCGAUCUCUGCGAUGCUAA